AGAAACAGACACACAAUAAAAGAGAAAAACAGAGCAUGGAGCAGACAGACCAAGAUGCUGCGCUGGAGGUUGUCUCUGCUGAUCUUCUCUGCUGUCAUAUUGUAUGGCUGUCUCUCUACGGAGCCUGGUGUCCAGAAUGAGGAAUCUAUAAGAGAAAUUGUUGACCUCUAUAACCAGAGGAAAGGGGUCACAUACUUAUAUAAAGCCUUGGACCAGAUCCCUACUGCUCUAUUAGAGGAGGAUGGAAACCCCAACAGAAGAAACUUCAUCAUCGGGGAGACUGUGUGCCUCAAGUCUAAGACUUCUGACUUAUCCCAAUGUGAUUUCAAGCCAGAUGGGGAUGCGAAGAUUUGUGCUGUGGAUCUGGGUAAUGAGGACCCUGAGAACAUAAUAUGCACCAUUCUGACCAAGGACGUCAUGAAGAGGUUUAGUAGAAGGCGAUCCCAAGGGAGGCGCUGUCCCCGACCAGGAGAAGGAACUGCUCUUCUCAAGCCAUGUAAAAGAGACUUUUCUGUGAUCUAGGUUUAGACUGACCGGGUGUGAAGAUGUCCGACCAUCUGAGAGCGCAGAUAAUGGCGAACAUUUCACUCUGACAGCAGGAUAUCACAUACUUGUUUCAUCAGUCACUGAGGACAUCAUGUACAACGAUUUUCCCCUUUUCUUUCCUUUUUCAUGGUAAAUUUUUAUUAGUGUUGAGCGCGAAUAUUCGCAAUUCAAAAAUUUUUGCUAAUUUUGCAUAUUUGCAUAUUCGUGAAUAUAGCACUAUAUAUUCGCAAUGACGAAUAUUCGUAAUUUUUUUCCCCCACAGAACACAUCACAGUGAUCUCAUCCCUCCCUGCUUCCAGCUUGUGGCCUAAAGAAGGUUCCUAUACUAUUUACUGUAUUAGACUGGAGAGUAUAUGAGAAUAGGCGAAUGUGCGAAUAUUCGCGAAUAUCCUCAUAUUCGCGAAUAUCGUCACUAAAGAAUAUUAGGAGACAGAUAGAUAGAUAGAUAGAUAGAUGGAUAGAUGGAUGGCAAAAAGAUAAAGGCAGCACCUCAGUCGUCCAGAGUAGGAGAAGAAAAUGAAAAAGGAGAUGGGGUGCACGCAUUCCUGGAACCUGGGUCCACUGGUUCCUCAAUCCAGAAAAGUAAAGAUGAUGCAGCA